AUGCGAGACCCGAAGCGCGACAUCUUCCCCUUCUUCGAACUGCCCGGUGAACUCCGCAAUCACAUCUACGACAACUGCAUCGAGGACAAAGUUCUAGAGCAUGCCAACAUUUGUGCGGUGAAAGUCAUGGGUAUCAAAGUGGCUGCGACUCAUGUCCUCCUGGUCUCCAAGCAAUUUCGGCAAGAACUGCAAGCUCGUCAGUUACGCGAGAAAACCGCAGUACUCCUAAUGGACAAGUACCUCCAAAUGCCUGUCGACCUCGCUUGCUAUACCCUACCGCCCCAGCUUGCAGAAGUUCAGAAGAUCGACUUGCAGUUGUACAUGCACCCAGAAGAUUGCCACGACCAGAUAAGCCUUUGGAUCGAGGGAAUGCCGCACCUUGUGUCUCAGCUUCAGCCAUCACAGUGCCUGAGCGCGUCUUGGUGUAUGAGGGGAAACCCGCCCGUUCAGCGCCCCUGGUCAAGUCGGUGCUGGCGAAACUGGUUCAAGCGGGUAGGGAAAGAAUUGAAAACGACUUUCGAUACCAAGCCUAUUGUGGUGCACGUCUUUUGGGAGGAGGAGGUUGUCAAGAAAGAUGGCACCAAGAGGAACGUGGAUCGCGCACAAGUCAGGUGGAAGUCAAAAUCGGGCAAGCUUUGGCAGCGCUGGGACCGAUCGUAG